AAUAAUUUAGAAGGGAUGGAGUGUUCUAUUGCAUGAGUUGUAAAUUUGUAAUGUAGCCUCUUAUCUCAUUUCGUUUUGACCCCUCAAAUCAAUAUGGCCUCCCACCUGAAAAACAACCUCGUCCUCGUCGUCUCCAUUCUCACCCUUAUUACCAGCGGCGGAGCUCAAGAAAAUGGCGGCGGAGCUUUCACAAUCGAGCUCGUACACAGAGACUCGCCGGCCUCUCCCCUCUACGACUCUCUUCUCUCCCAACGGCAGCGCAUGAAAUCCGCUUUUCGCCACUCUCUGGGCCGACUCGUCCGGGCCGGCGGCGGCGACUCCCCUGCUUCCGUCGGGGUUCUUCCCGACCCUAAGGGCACGUACCUCGUCAGAAUCUCCGUCGGGGCCGCCCCUUCCGCCGCCGUCAGGCUGGCUGUGGCCGACACCGGCAGCGACCUCAUCUGGCUGCAAUGCCGGCCACCUUGCCGUGGCGUUCACUGUUCCGGCCAGAAUAAUGACUCUCUUGUUUUUAGCCCGGGUUCUUCCCGGACCUACAAACCGGUUCACUGUCGCUCCAAGGAGUGCACCGGUCUGCCCGGAAGCCGGUGCGGCCGGGCUAAUAAAAAGUGUCUCUACAAUGCAAGGUACAAUGAUGGGACAUAUAGUCACGGGGAAAUUGCAAAAGACACAUUCACUUUGGACCUAUUACCACCGGCGGAAAGAUUUGACUUUCCCACCGGAGAUCUCCGGCCGGCGGCGGCGACGUCAUUUUCCGAAAGACGACACAACGUGUCGUUCCCCGGCAUAAUUUUCGGGUGUGGAGAAAGCAACCACUUCGGGAACAACGACACCUCCGUGUCGGGGAUAGUGGGACUCGGGUCCUCUCCCUACUCGCUCGUCAACCAAAUCGGGGGCCGCAGGUUUUCGUAUUGUCUGGUUCCCUUGUCGCACCUGAACGUGUCGAGCAAGUUGCAACUCGGCAGCAUGCCCGCGCUGGCGCUUCAGGGCCUCCCCGGGGUGGUUUCCACCCCGCUGGUCCUGAAGCCCCAGACCACAUCUUACUACCUGACUCUGCUGGGACUGUCUGUCAAUAACCAGACAUCACUAGAGUCAGCAACAACAACCCAGGGCAACAUCUACAUCGAUUCCGGGACCACGUUCACCUUCCUCCCCACAGACAUGUACGCGGGACUCGAGGACAUGGUCAAGAAAUCAAUACGGUUUGAGCCCAUGAAGCCGAACCCGGGGAGAUUCCUAAGGUUGUGUUACGAGGAUCUUGCAUGGGAGGAUGUCCCGACGGUGACGGCGAGGUUCGAGGGCGGGGAGGUGAGGUUGGGCCCGGCGAACACGUUUGUGGACAUUGGGGAUGGGGUUGGGUGUCUGGCUUUUGCCCCGACAAAGGGUGUCCCGGUUUUUGGGAAUGUGGCGCACACAAAUUUCUUGGUGGAAUAUGAUUUGGAGAAGAUGGUUGUGUCCUUCAUGCCUACUGAUUGUGUCAAAUGGAAGUACUAAUGGUUUCUCAUUCUUUUCUCUUUUUAAUAGACUAUUAUAACUUCUCUAAUAAAAACAUUAAAAAAUACUCCUUCUGUCCCAAAUUAUAAUGCAUGUUUACUAUUCACAGGGUCAAAUUUCAUUCACUUUCUUUCUCUAUUUUCGUCAGUAAUUUGAUAAAAUAAAAUAUUGUUGUCACU